UCGCGUAAAUUGGCGUGUGUUGUUUACUGGAGAAGAUUGUUUCAAAAUAUGACAAGAAUUUAAUUUUCCUUACAACUUACUAGUGACAAUUAUUUAGUAUUAACAUUAUUGUAAGAGAUAGAGUCUAAAAACAAGGAAAAUGUCGGAGGAAGUGAUAAAACACUCUGUACACACAUUGGUGUUCAGAUCAUUGAAACGAUCCCACGAUAUGUUUUUAUCUAACCAAGGAUUGUUACCGCCAAUUGAUGAUAAAGCGGAGAAAGUACUAAAAGGAGUGAAAGCUCGUGACAGUUAUGGUCAGGUGAUGGACACAGUGCAGAUUGCUCAGGCAGUCAAACAGCAAGACAUUACACGGAUGCAGACCGAUAUCACUAGUGAUAAUGGAGAAUUAGCAGAAACGGCAGCACUUGGAUCAGAAGCAGCCCUCGUACCCUUCACUGGGCCAACACCAACGGCAGCCGCACCAUCAGGAGCUCUGGCAGUGCCACGGAAACCUCCAGCAAUGCCCAAACCCAAGUGGCAUGCACCUUGGAAGUUGUUCCGUGUCAUAUCUGGACAUUUGGGUUGGGUGCGGUGUGUAGCUGUUGAACCUGGCAAUGAGUGGUUUGCUACAGGUGCUGCAGACAGAGUGAUAAAGAUCUGGGACUUGGCGAGUGGCAAGCUGAAGGUAUCGCUCACUGGACACGUCAGCACCGUCCGAGGCUUAGAAGUAUCUUCAAGACAUCCUUACUUGUUCAGUUGUGGUGAAGACAGACAAGUUAAAUGUUGGGAUUUGGAAUAUAAUAAGGUAAGAUUUUCAUGGUUAUGUAUACUUGCUUUUACUAUGUCUUAUUUUCAGAUCAUAACCGGCUCCCACGACUCAACAAUUCGUCUCUGGGACUUAGCAGCUGGGAAGUCGAUGUGUACACUAACUAACCACAAGAAGUCAGUCCGUUCCAUCGUCGUACACCCAACACUAUACACGUUCGCAUCUGCUUCGCCGGACAACAUCAAACAAUGGAAGUGUCCGGAAGGAAAGUUCAUUCAGAACUUGUCUGGGCAUAAUGCUAUCGUGAAUUGUAUGGCUGUCAACCCUGAAGGUGUUUUAGUCAGUGGUGGAGAUAACGGUACAAUGUACUUCUGGGAUUGGAGGACCGGGUAUAAUUUCCAGAGGUUGCAGGCGGCCGUCCAACCAGGCUCAAUGGACUCUGAGGCCGGUAUCUUCGCGAUGACAUUCGACAACUCGGGCUCCCGUCUCAUCACGACGGAGGCUGACAAGACAAUCAAGAUAUACCGUGAAGACGAUACGGCGUCUGAAGAAACGCAUCCCAUCAAUUGGAGACCAGAGAUAUUGAAGAGAAGGAAGUUCUAAAUAGGUUGUAUAGUGAUAGUAAUUAAUAAAUGCGAUUUUUUGACAAAACCUUGGUUUUAUUG